AUGAAAGAGUCCCUCUACGAUCGUAUCUGGCGUCGAGAAUCGGGGGCAUUUUCCCACUUGGCUGGCAUUCAUGACCUUUAUGGCUCUCCGGAAUGGGUCCAGGACCUUGAUAUUGUAAACGAGCUUGGUGGUCACUCUGGUUGUGUCAAUGCUUUGAGCUGGUCGCGGUCUGGCCGCCUGCUGGCUUCGGGUUCGGAUGAUCAGCACUUGAACAUCUACGCCUACCAACCUGACUCCUCAGCAGCUCCCUUUGCGCUCAGCACCACCAUCGACACCGGCCAUACAGCCAAUAUCUUUUCCGUCAAGUUUAUGCCACAUUCCAAUGAUCGAACCCUAGUCUCGUGCGCCGGGGACUCCCAGGUCCGAGUCUUCGACAUUGAGUAUUCCAAUAGCAAUGGGCAUCUGGCUGGAAAUUCGACCUUUGCUUCAUCGGCAAGAAGUCGACGCUUUCAGAACUUCUUCAAUACCUCUCACUAUUUGAGCCCGAUAACCACCAAUGCAAAAGUUUAUCGUAGCCAUGCCGACCGGGUCAAGCGCAUUGUUACUGAGUCGUCUCCGCAUCUCUUUCUGACCUGUUCGGAGGACGGAGAAGUUCGCCAAUGGGAUUUGCGACAGCCCUCAUCGGCCUAUCCCAAACCUCUGGGGGGUCAGGGCUACAUGGCUUUUCGAUCGGGACAGGAUCACGAUGAUUCUAAUGUGCCCCCUCCGCUGAUUUCGUACAAGAAAUACCGCCUGGACCUCAACACCAUCUCAUGCUCUCCUAGUCAACCACAUUAUAUCGCGUUGGGCGGUGCUCAUCUACAUUGCUUCCUUCAUGAUCGGCGUAUGUUGGGUCGGGACCUCAUCGCUGAGAGGGGCGCAUUAAGUACUUCUCCUGGGAGUAGUAGCCAAGGAGCAGAUAUUUUGGAUGACGCGACGAAGUGCGUUCGCCGGUUCGCGCCCGAUGGGCAGGAUCGCAUGAAGACUCGGGACGACGGCCAUAUUACAGCCUGCAAGAUCAGUGACGCGAAUCCGAAUGAGAUGGUGGUCAGCUGGUCGGGCGACCACAUCUACAGCUUUGAUCUCAUCCGCAGCGCAGAUGCGAGAGAAGCGAGAUCGCGGCAAUCAUCAGUGCGCGCAACACCUGCACCACGGAAACGUCGAUAUAGCAAAAACCGCAAGCGAAAGCGACACAAUGGCACGUCAAUGUCAUCCGACUCGAGUGGAAACCAGCCUCCCUCGCGACGUCGACCCAGAGACCGUCAGGAUGAAGGCGAGUUAGCAUUUCGCGUGCGCUAUGGCAAUGGAGAGUCAGAGGACAUUCCUAUCCCAUCUCUGACGCAGCGUCGGGCUGAGGUCUCGGAAAGCUUACUCGAGCAAUCGAGGCUGGCAGUGCUCAGUGACGCUCAAAGACUCAGCAUGCGUAUCGCUAAAGAACUAGUCAAGCUUCGCAAAGCACUUUUCUCGCUCGAUACGUCAGCGCGUGAAGAACUUGAAUUAGCCAGUGCAACAGAUCUGGCACCAUUUGGCGAGUCCUUUUCCACGGCAUUGGGCCACGCGUCCAUCUGUCUGCCGCAGAUGAGUGAGGUCAUGCGCACAUGGGGCUAUCCACUCAAUCCUUCUUCAGAUAUGGUGCGCUUUCAGCAAACUCUGCGUCGUAACCGGGAAUCCGCCUGGAGCUUUGUUCAGGCUGCAGGAACGAUAGCUCGAGCUCUAGGAGGCGAGCUUCAGAAUGCGCCUGGGGACGUGGACACCGAGAUGGAGCAAUUCCAACAAUUAUCGCCGCUGAAAGUUGAAUACGCGCCCGAUCGCAGAGAGCAAUUUGGUUAUGACUUCAUCAAGGCUAUCAUACUAUAUGUGGAAGGAGGUCGAGAAGCUCUGCUGUCAGGCUUCAAGCGUGGUCCCAUUCGUCGGGACACUCUCAGCAGGUUUCCUAUCUCUGAAGCCGCGGAUGACCGUGCGAUUGAGUCAACCCUCAUUCCUUAUCUUCAGCGGCUAGCGGGAGAGGCCCCGGUGGUGAAUGUUGAUGCAUCUAGGUUCGAACACGACGAGGCCCGUGUUCUUUUCGCGACGCAACGCGAAGCGGUAGCCGCCUUCGCCACCGCGAUCAGAUCGCCAGCUCAAAGCCCGGUUGACGGCGGAGCAUCGAACGGGGCCACGCACGGCGGGGCAGCUUACAGGGCAAACUCUAACGAGACACCUACUCAUGCCCUCGAUUUGUUUCAGCUUACACAGUUCUGGGUGUUGAAGGUGGCUCGCGGCAUACUCAUGGAGAGCGGGACCGGCGUCAACUAUGCUUUUGUUAACCGAGCCUUCGGUGGCUUUCGGGCCACGGUGACGCCUGGCUCUGAAUCAGAUAUGGAUCCGGAGAGGUCACAGAACGACCUGGAAACAAACAUGGAAGAGGAACCUAUCCGCGAUGUACGGUUGAAAAUACUCCGGGGCCAGCAACUCAGCAGAGAAGAAUCCGAUGACUGUACCAGCGAAGCGACCGAGUCAGUGUCGUCUCUACAGGGCAUCCCAAGCUUUCCGGGGUGGUUGGACAUGGGUACUGAAACCGAGAAUGACUCGGAGGAUGAAGAGGGCGGACUUGAUGAUGAUGAGGACGAUGAUGAAAACGAGAUUGACGACGACGACAAUGAUGAUGAGGAGGAAGAGGAUGAGGAGGAUGAGUUUGACCUGGACUCCGAUAGUCCAGUGAACGACAGCGAUGACGACUCGGAGGCUGAAAGUCGCAUGUUCAGGGAGUACGGGCUGCACCCCAGACAAAGAGAGUAUGUGCACCUGGAUGUUCCUUGUUCCUCACAUACGCGCGUGUAUCGCGGUCACUGCAAUGUCAAGACAGUCAAAGAUGUCAAUUUCUACGGGUUGGACGAUGAGUUUGUCGUUAGUGGAAGCGACUCGGGCCAUAUUUUUAUUUGGGAUCGGAAAACAUGCAAGCUAGUCAACAUACUAGAAGGCGACAGUGAGGUCGUCAAUGUUGUCCAGGGACAUCCCUAUGAGCCUACUAUAGCCGCUUCCGGGAUUGACAACACCAUCAAGAUUUUCUCACCCGACCGCCGUGCUCAGGAUGAUGCGCGCCGUGGAAUCAACAUCCUUGAUCCUGAUAACCCCGCCAAUACGCUUGGGCCUAAUGUGAGAGGGAUUGGGGGGUUGGCCACUCGCAAACGCUUACAUGACAGUUAUCGAAUCAUGAAUCAGAAUGAUGUUGAUCGACAAGGCGGGAUGAGCGAGGCGUCGAUCACCAGACAUAUGCUAGCCCGUCUGGCUACCACUUUGCGGGACCAACAGUACAAUGUGGAGCCUGGUGGGGAAGGGGAACAUGCUACCCUGGUUUUGGAUGAGAACAGCUGUCAUUCUGAUCCCCCUAUCAUCGUCUUACUUGGUAUACGCAGUAUUGUUGCCAUGCAGCCUUUCGCAGCAUGUAGCUUGGCUGUCAACAUGCGUUCCAUUACUGGAGAUAUUUCGUUCCAUAUCAGGAUUCUCCUACAGUCAAAGAUGCAAGCCCUGCAGGAACGAGCUGAUACAACAACGAGGCUCUACGAAGAACCUCACAAUCCACACCUUUACUAUGAGCGAGGUCUCGUGCAUGAGAAACUGGGAUUUCCCGAUCUAGCGUCGGCCGAUGCGUACCGCGCACUAUCUCUCCUCGACUCGGUCGUUGACCCGGACGGCAGCGAAUUCCACGCUCGACGCAGGAUUCAAGAUUCUCCGGAGACCACAGAGUCAAAGGCUCGCGAAAGUAGCGACGACGACGACGACGACGAUGAUGAUGACCAGUUCACUCCACUUACGCAGUCCGAAUACGAUGCCCUCAUUCACCCCGUCUAUGCCUUAUUAGUCCGCUCUCUCGUCAGCUGUGGCUGCUUCCGUGACGCCUAUGAAUUCUGUGCACGGGGAUUGAGUAGUAUUGGUAGCACUAGCGACAACCAGAUCGCCUCAGACCGUGAAGCCCACGCCACCUUAGCGGCACAACUGGCGAAAUUGCAACGGGAGUUCGCCCGCCGACGCAACCUCCCUUCCUCUACCACGGAGAUUGUGAUUGACGAUCCCAGCGUCCUGCCGGCGCAGGGACUUGCCCGCCGCGUUCUCUACCCCUGGAACACGCACGAACCCGACCGCAAAUCCCCCGAGACUCUGGCCCUCCUGAACGAGAAGUUACGGACGGUGGCGCCCAAGUGCGAGGUCCGGGCUGUCGCGUUACCGGCGCUGCACUCUAUCACGACCGCCACCAAGCCGAACCCCUCCUCCUCCUCCUCCGAACAAGACCAAGAACAAGAGCAGCAAGAAGAAGUCAGCAUCCAACUGGGCCUCUUCGCCAAGGAAGACAUCCACCCCGGCGAAACCAUCCUCCGCGAAAACUCGCUGUUGACCGCUACCAACCGCCUCCACGACGACCUGUGCGACGCCUGCAAUGGCCCGCUCCCCGAGCUCUCGGCCGACGACCCGCCCGUGGCGUGCGCCAACGGCUGCGACGACACGAUCUUCUGCUCGCUGGCCUGCCACGACCAAGCCCAGCAGGUCUACCACGGGGCCGUGUGCGGGCUGAUGGAGAAUCUCGAGUCCAUCGGCAAGGACAUCCCCGACCCGAAGGACAAGGCCGACUACCUGUAUCUGCUGCUGCUGGGGCGGGCGCUGGCGAUGGCGGCGACGCAGGAGGUGCAUCCGCUGGAGUUGGGGGAGGUGAAGUUCAUCUGGGGCGAUUUCGUGAAUUUUGACAUUGACCUGCUGGAUCACGGCGAUACUGCUGCUGCUGCUGCUGCUACUGAAGAUGGCACCCUCCCCUUCUCCUUCCAGCUCAACAUUCUCCAGCCCAUGCGCCUCCUCGAGGAGAUGGAGAUCGACCCUUACGCCAACCUCCGCCACUACGACACCUGGGUCCUCAACACCCUGUACGCCAAGUUCCGGGGCACCGCCUCCGGCCGCCUCUCCACCUGGGACGGCGGGCCCGAGCUCUGCGCCGUCCACCCCCUCUGGUGUCUGGCCAACCACUCGUGCGACCCCAAUGUCCGCUGGGAGUGGGGCGGCGAGAUCACCUUCGUCGCCCGGGCGGAGGCCGAGCGCGCCGCGUGGAAUCUGCCCUCCGGUGCAAUCAACUCUGAGGCGGAGGCGGAGGCCGCGCCCAAGUGCAGGCGGGUCGGAGCGGGGAUCAAGAAGGACGAGGAGAUCCUGAACCAUUACUGUGAUAUCGGGCUGGGGGUCAAGGAUCGUCGGGAGUGGGCCCGCGGCGCCCUGGGCGGGUUCUGUCUGUGUGAGCGGUGUCGGUUGGAGGCCGGGGAGAUGUGA